AUGGCCGCGGGGCCGGUGCGGGGCCGGCGUGCGGCGCUCGGGCCGGGGGCAGCCGGGGAGCCGGAAUGCAUGACAGAGAGGAAUCAGAAUCCCAGCCUGGUUUGGGCUGGAAGGCUGAGUUUUAAGGCAUUUGGACUUAGAGGAAUAGCAGAUUCUCAAGGCCAGAGCUCCCAGUGUGUCCUGGUUUGGACUGAUCUUCAGAAGCGGGUGUGCCAGCUGCUGGACACCAUUCCCCGGGAGGCUGGUGCCCAGCUCGUGAGCUGUGCCAUGGACGUGGAUUCCAGGCAGAAACUCCCCCCUGACUCUGCUCCCUGGGCUGCAAGGACAAAGCAGAAUUCCGUGAUUUUGGAAAAUCAUGGGAGCAACGGCAUUUCCCAGCCCUGCCCAAGAUGUGUUGCUGGAGAAUCUGGCCACUUCAGUCACAUCCUGGGCUUCUAGAGGAGGAGAGGGGCCAGAGGAGCAGCUCUGAUUCCUGCUGGGAUCACAGGGUGCAGCUGGUCCUGCCCUGCCCUGCUGCCAUCCGGGCACCACU